AUGGCAUCCUGGACCAAUGCGGGCAAUGGAUUGCCGAAUGGAUAUAAUGGCAAUCGAGAAGAACGGUUGGAACGACUCAAGGACUACGGACAAGAGUUAUUGAAUGCCAAGAAGGUUGUCAUUGUGGGAGGUGGUUUGGUGGGAGUGGAACUGGCGGGAGAUGUCGCAGGAUAUGGAAAGCUGGAGCACAAAGAUGUAGACGUAACUCUGGUACAUUCCAAAAGACCGUCUCAUGAAUGA